CUCCCCACCAUCCUCCGCCCUGCUCUCUCCCCGGCAUCUGCCCCCGUUCUCCCCCAUCAGACUUCCCUGUGUAUGGUGGAUCGCGCAUAGGGAUAGUGGUCGGUGGAGUAAGACGUGGACAAGCACAGGGUGAAGGCAGGAUGGGGCCGUGGCAAAGAAUGGAGAUGGGCAGAGCCAGCAGGAUGCCGCGGCGGGUAGAUGCGGUAGGGGGCACGCAGUCUAGCAGGAGUGCUGGCCUCAUCUGGCUGUAG